GAUAAUUCUUGCAGCCUAACGAUAUUCAUCCCUAGCAUCACGUAUGUCAUAUCGCGUUUCGCAUGGAAAUAUCUUGAAAUAAUAAAUAACAAACCAACAGAGGCAUUGCAACCCGGAUUGUGCUGACAAAAAACACAUGCAACAGAAUAAAAGACCCUGUGCAUCGUGAAACAACACAACGACGAGAAACAGAAGAAAAGCAGUGUUCAUCCAUAUAAUCGCGUUGUUUGAAGGGCCUUUUCGCUAAGAUAGGAUUCGGCCAACACCACAGAUUCUCUUCUCUCAACCCAUAGUAUUGACGCAGUGAUUUUGCAAUACUCGGGCGGCAGCUCGCACGCACCGUAAUAGGGCUACCACUUUCACCCCCGCCCCCCUACAACUUCAUCGCUUUUCUGCUACUUUACCACUACCUCUGCCUUAUACCUGUUCCUGCCUGUACACUUCCGCACUCUGUGCUGUACUGGUAACUCAGUACCGGAUCCCGUGAUCGCUUAUCAGGCUCAUCUCCUCCGCACAACUGUCUCCGGCCACUCCUUCCGGUCAACCAGUGUCCAAACUGCAUAUGCUUCUUGGACUAAUAGGGGUCCUCUGUGCGCAUUUAAAUCCUGCCACUUGUUGCUGCUGAAUUCAUGGUAAUCUAGAGUAUUUCCAAAUAUUACUUUAUAAGCAGGUUAAUUUGAUUAUUAAUUAAUUAUGUCGUAUGCCAAUCAAAAAGAUACGCGAAAAUCCGGUUACAAAUGCAUUAUUCCUACCUGUCUGUCUGGAUAUAGAAAAAGUUCGGCCAAUUUACCUGUAAAGUUAUUCAAAUUUCCAUCGGAUCCAUUGUACUUCAAUAAAUGGGUUGAGGUUUGUGGCUUAGAUAAAAAUUUGGUGAAAAAAAGUGCACAUAUUUGCGUACGGCAUUUUAAAGCCGAGGAUAUAGGAAUGCGUAAAUUGAAGUCCAAAUCAAUACCAGCAUUGAAAUUGUCUGCUAAUACUCCAUUGAAUCAGUUGCAUGAAGGUUUUUAUGAUGAGAAUUCAUUUUCGGGCAAUGCAGAAGAUAACGAACCAAUUGAAAAUCCAAUGAAAUCAGAGGGAAUCAAACUGGCCGAAGUUCAUAAUAACAUUUCAAACGAACUAGAGCAAGAGUCCGAAACAGAAACACCUGAUAAAGAUCCACUAGAAAAUAAUGAAUUGAAUUCAAGUAUUUAUGGUGAGAAUUCCUUUUCGGGCAAGGCAUUAUAUAACGAACCAAUUGAAAAACCUAUGAAAUCAAAGAGAAUCAAUCCGACCGAAGUGCAUACUACAAUUUCGAACAAACUAGAGCAACGGUCCGAAAAAGACACGCCUGAUGUAGAUCCACUAGAAAAUAAUGAAUGGAUUGAUGUCAAAUGUUGUAAAAACUGCAUAGAAAAAGAUAAAAACGAGGCAUAUUUCACGAGAAAAUACUUUGAGUUAUUGGCAGAAAAAGAUAAAAAAGAGGAAGACAUUAACAAAUGGAAGAGACGAUAUGCGUCCCUGAAACAAUCUAUAUCUCGGGCCAAUGCUCAUAGGCGCCGGAAAACUAAAACUAACUCAAAUUUGUCUGUUCUUCCCAUAAUAGCCAACAUGUCUCAUGUUUCUACGGAGGCAAAAACGAUAUGUAUCAUGCUUUUGAAAAAGUCACAGAUCUUUAGCCCCGCAGAAAGAGUUAUUGCGCAAAACUUAAACUUUUACUCGAAAAGGACUUAUGAAUACCUCCGAGAUGUUUUAAACUUACAUUUGCCAGCAAAUAUAACUUUAGAUCGAUGGAGUGAGCGUUUCGGAUCAGGAUUUACUCCUAAAUUACUCGGGCCCCAGUCCCCAAAAAAAGUUGUAUAAAUUGCUAAGGAAGGGAAAUUAUAGCCAAAUACAUAAAAGCUGUUGGUGAGAGAGGUCUGUGUUUUCACGAUAUAUUAUAUAUAUACUAAUAUUUGUAUUGUUUAAUUUAUUUUACUCUGUCGGAUUUCGUAAAUCAUGCUAAUAAAUAAAAUCGGUCGCACAGUGGUGUCUCAGCUGAAAUCA